AUGGGGAACGAAGGUUCCAAAAGUCGUUUGAGUGACCAUGUCGCGCUUCCAAAUUCAUCCGCGCCAACUCCGAACAUCAUCAUCACACGUCCUUCACCGACAGACUGCUUGGAAAGUCCAAAACCUCGAGCUCCUCCGCCAACACCGCUAGAUGGAAGUUACUACUGUGCGGACAGUCCAGUGCCAAACGAACCCCCAUCGACACCACACAACAGUGUGUACGACUUGGAUCCGCGAGAGACGAUGGUAUUGGCUGGAACUCCUCCUCCAGAUCGUCCGCCGCCACCUCCACCAGACGAACCGAUGCACAACUGUAACGGGAGCUAUUUUGGUGAAAGCACUAUCAUACAGUCGGACGAAGGUUCAAAUCCGCCUCCAUUACCACCGAUGCCCGCGCCGCGGACUGGCUUUCCUGUGAUUAAAAGGAACAUUAUAUAUGCAAAGGAUCGAAUUAGUCAAUUUGAUGCCUUAAAUACGACUAAUAGACCGAAAGCAAAGCAGAGCGAGGAAACUCAUCAGAUGAAAGACUACUUUGACCGACGCGACAGUCCACGCUUUCAGCCGUUCAGUUACGCUCCACUUACCGAAUCGAGUACUACUGCCACAACAAAGUCGAACUAUGACGAAUAUCCUAUCUACAAUCCAAUUAGCGACUACACAUUCAAAAGUGGUAUGACCUUCCAACAAGGGGCGUAUCCCAUUGAUGCGACUCGCAUCAAUAUUGGAUUUGUUGGCCGCCAAGGAGCCGGAAAGUCUACGUUAAUAAAUGCCAUAAGAGGUUUAACCCUCACAGAUCCACAAGCGGCGGGACGUCAUCCUUGCAAUCACAUGGAACCAUUUCGAUUUAUGGAGGAAGAAUUUCAAAACAUGAUUCUUUGGGAAAUACCAUAUCCACGUGCUUUCGUUUCGGUUUCCGAUAUCUAUGAUAGGAACAUGGGCUUCGAUCGAUUUUAUGAGUCUCAUAAGUUAAACCUAUUUCGGUAUAUUUUUCUCUUAAUCGCCGAUGGCGCACCACACGAUGAUGACAUAUCCUUUGCUAGAAUCGUGCAUUCAAGACGUACGCACUUAACAAUGCUCUCCACAAAGUCGGAUGAUGACCUCGAUGCAGAGGCCAGGGAAUUUGGGCGUUCGAUUGACAGCUCCCUCAAACGAGAGUAUGAUGCCAGAGCUCGAAGUGUUUUCACAAAGUCGCUGAUGAUGAAAGCGCAGAUACUGACAUCUGUUGAGUUACUUCUCAUAAGCAGUCCCGUAGUGAAGAAUUUGCUCAGUGGAACAAUCGGAUACCUCCACUACAAAUUGGAUGAGGACAAAUUACUAGAGUUACUUGAGCUUGGACCAGGUUGCCACUACAGCUUGGAGAAUAAGCUCAGGAAAAAU